AUGUCGUUCGAGCAUGCUCCCGUUACCAAAGGUCUCAUGAUAGGUAGCGCAUUGACAUCAAUCAUCGGUGGCAUUUUCGAUGUCAAGCACUACUUACAUCUUCAGCUCGUGCCUCACGUGUCACGCAACCAUCAGUACUGGCGCCUCUUGCUCCAUCAUACUGCGUUCUCCAAUUCAAGUGAUCUCCUCAUUGCUGAGAUUCUGCUAUAUGGUGUUGGUGUACAUAUAGAACGUCAGUUUGGAAGUGUUAAAUUCGCGUCAUUUACCGUGGUCUCCGUCUUGCUCGCAACAAUACUGGAGUUUCUUGGUCUCAUGCUAUUCCACAAUAUGGGGAUCAAUCAGAUCCCUUCCGGUCCAUCGGCGCUACUCUUCAGCAUUAUUUAUCAGUGGUAUAGGCUGAUUCCUCCAGCGUACCAUUUUCGAAUAUUUGGAAUUGCUACGAACAAUAAAGCGUUCAUGUACAUCCUUGCCUCUCAGCUCGCUUUUGGGCACCUUCCUGGCUCAUUUGCCCCAGCGGUCGCUGGACUACUCUCUGGCUUCAUAUAUCGCUCAGAACUUGUUAAUAUUAAAAGCUGGCGGCUGUCACAUUCUAUAAUCCGCUUUAGUACGCGUUUCUUACUUCCAUUGGUGGGCUCUACUCGUGCACCACGACGGUCUACCCGUGCCCGUCCCGAAACAACUCGUCAAACGUCGAGCCCCGAAGUUGGGAAUGAAGAAAUCAUUACCACUGCCCCUCCCUCGACAGGCACAGAAGAAACUGGAGGCUCCGUUAUGCGGGAAUGGGUUAAUGAACUCACCGGGAGGAACGAGCAAGGCACCACAGGGGUCCGUGUUCCAAGUGAUGCUGAGAUUACUCAUUUGACAACGAUGUUCCCCAACGUGCAACGGGCCGUUAUCGUAGGGGCGUUACAGAGGAGGUUAGCUUUCCUAUUAUUCCACGAGAUAUAG